AUGAAGGCAAAUUUAGAUGCUGGCCUUUUUCUUAUUGGUGGAAAGCACACAACGCGCGAUUGUUACUGCGUUAAUGCUAAGUGUAAAGGUCAACCCGCCUACACAUUUGACGAUAUUGCUUGA